AGAAGAAGAAGAAGAGCAGCUCUCGAUCCAGGAAGAAGCAGCCUUUUAAUUAACUAGAACUGGUCCCGGAGCUCCUGGCUGAAGAACCGAACCAAACAUUUUUAGUUAAACUCAGACAUUGUGUUCGUGUUGACAUGGACGACACACUCUUCCAGCUGAAGUUUACAGCUAAGCAACUUGAGAGAUUGGCUAAGAAGGCAGAAAAGGAGUCUGAAAAGGAGCAGGCAAAAGUCAAGAAGGCCUUGCAGCAAAAAAAUGUGGAAUGUGCCAGAGUUUAUGCUGAGAACGCCAUCAGAAAGAAGAAUGAAGGUCUUAACUGGCUGCGCAUGGCGUCACGAGUCGACGCAGUGGCGUCUAAAGUGCAGACGGCUGUUACCAUGAAAGGAGUGACUAAAAGCAUGGGCCAGGUAACCAAAGCCCUGGACAAAGCUCUGAACUCCAUGGAUCUACAGAAGGUUUCUGCAGUGAUGGAUAAGUUUGAAACCCAGGUUCAGAACCUUGAUGUCCACACCUCAGUAAUGGAGGACUCCAUGAGCUCCGCUAUGACGCUGACCACACCUCAGGAGCAGGUGGAUGACCUGAUCCACCAGAUAGCGGAACAGAAUGGCCUGGAGGUGAUGGAUCAGCUCAGCCAGCUGCCUGCUGGAGCUGCCUCACUGGGUGGAGAGAGCUCACGGAGCCAGGAGAGGGAGGACCAGCUUUCCCGACGGUUGGCAGCUCUGCGAAACUGAAGGCUGGUGCUGAGGAGACAACAGCUGCAUGGAGGCAGAGCACUUUGUAAGACCGGCGACGACAGGAACUACGACGUGUUUCUAUUGAACUGCUCCUGCUGGGAGAACUUAAUGAGUCUAUUGAUUUUCCUCCCCCUCUCCUGCCCUAUAAAUAAAUGAAAUGCAGCCAAAAAUAGCAUCUGAGAACAGAAACGGAUCCUGGGCUAACCUUUUUGGUUUCAUCUGUUCCUCUUCACUUGUUUUUUUUUUUUUUUUUAGCCCCCCUCUACAUUACAGGUUUCUGGGUGUAAACUUUGUAAAAUGUGUUUUGUACAAAGGACUUUACUGAUUUUCUGUUUAUAAGAGAUUUAUUUAUCUCUGGUUCUGGGUCGAAGAUGGAAGCCGCUGAUUCUGCUGAGAGAAGGGAGAAGAAAGAUCAGGUUUAAACCAGUAACACUAACAGAUUUAACCCCCUGCUGAUCAGAGUCAUCCAGACUCAGUGAGGACAAACGAUACUCGACAAUCCCCCUAUUUUAUCUAUUAUUAAACAUUUAUUUCUCGCUUUCAGAUUUGAUGCUUUUAACGCCUUAUUUUGGGAUGCAGGUGCUUUAAUAGGUGCUUCUUGCUUCAGUGCCUAUAAAGAACAGUCAGUUAGAUAGGGAAAGCCAGGCUUUCUCCUUCGUCCUCAGCUGUUAGCUGUUUUUAAUUACGUAUGCUUUUUUUUCUGUUCUGAGCAUUUUAGUUUUUGGAGCAGGAAUUUUAGCACCUCAGUGUUUGUAACUUUGAUCUGCUUUGCGUUCAUUGAUAUUAAAUAUAAACAACGACCUCCUUCACAUAGCAUAGAUUGGUUGUGAAUACCAGAGUGGCUUUAGCGGCGUUCUGUUCUGGCCGGAUCCUGUUUUUUACUUCUGUUUCAUCCAGGAAGUUCUGAUGACUGCAGCAAAGUCGGAGAAAGAUGCAGACAGAUGAACAGAGUUUGCAUCAAAACAUGUUUGAAUAACAGCUUCUGGGGCAUCAGGACCUUGGUGUUUCAUAUUUUGUCAUCCAAUUUAGUUUUUGAGGAGGGUUUAUUCGUACUGGAUCCCCACUGACUGUUCAGCACUUUUGUUUUAUAUAUUUAUCAUGUAAAAAUAAAGUUCCUUCAUCUGAAA